GGUAAUGCAUGCGGGGUGAGGGGCGCGGUGCGCACAUCUUGUGCGGCCUGGGUGCUGGCCCAUGUGCUCACCCUGGAUGCAUGAUCUACUGAGUAACGUUGUGGUGGAGGGGGAGCGGGGCAGGGCUUUACAAGACAAACUGGGUGAGUUGAUUAAGGGGGCUGACUUUUUACAUGGGAUUUCUAGAGAAGAGGAAGAUAGGUUUGACCAGAGAGGCUAGAAACGUAGCAAGAAGAUUGUAGCUAGAACAUCCCCUUUCCCCCCUCCCUGACAUAGACACACACACAGGGUUAGCAGUUUAUCUCUUUGUAAAUCUGAAGUGGUGGUAAUAGUGAUGGGAAGAGUGUAUAAGGGGCCUAACCUAGCUACCUUUCUGUUUGCCUUGGCUAUAAAUGGUCCAGCAACAGGUGUUUUCUUAAAACAAAGCAUGAACUUGGAUUGAGGUUUGAUUGUGAGUUCUUGAAAAAUAUAACUGCUUCUUGUUGACUUGGAGGAUGCCUUAUGUGGGGCCUCCUCAAUGAGGGUUUGGAUUGUGACCUUGUGGAUGGAUUUUGUAACUGAUAGUGCCCCAUCAUUGCCUUUGCUAGACGUGUUUGGCCACCUCAAUGGCAUUUACUCUUGUCAGACGUUUUAUCAGUCUCCCAGCUGAAGGGCAGUAAAACACCAAUCCCAUUGGCCAAAGACUAUAUACUCUUUGGACUGUAGUAGGUUGUGAUUGGCUGAAUGAUUUUGAUUGUAGAAUUUCUUCCAGAAAUUGGCUUCAUCAAAUUCUGCUUUAUUCUGACUUUAUCAUAUACAGCAUGCCUUGUUUUAGUGGGUUCGUGCUUGAAGCAUAAGUAUAUUAUACCUGAAUCCCCUACCAUUUAAAAGCCAAUUUAUAAACAGGGACUUGGAGUGUGACUCCGCUAAUGUGUGUCUGUGAUCUUGGUUAGAAACCCACUUGGCUGCCUUUCAUCAGGAGGUGGAGGGUGGGGGAAGGGAGCUGCCGGGAAGUGAUUGAUAAGGUUUCCUUUAUGGAUUCUGUGGUGCUUCACUGGAGCUCAGAGCACUUUGGCAACUUAAGCACUCCAAAUUAAAAGCUCAUUAACAAUUCCUGCCCAAAGAUCCUGUAAAUAAUCAGCUAGCUAGGUCAUAGAGCUUGGCUAAGAGCUCUCCUUCCAACUUGAAAUUUCCAAAUAAAAGUGCUUUUAUUCCCUUUCAUUUUGAAAAGUAUUUUCUUUGUGUUGGGGUAAAUUGGUGAGUGGCCUUUUCCCAGGGGAUCUGAGUAGAAUAAAGUCUUAAAUGUGUAGAAUAGUAGAGAGGAAUAUAUUGGUUCCAAUUCUAGGUGUUUCUUUGUGCAAAGAGCAUCACUAGCUUACAAGGGCAUCUCUGCAACUUCUAAUGCUUUGGAAGAUCUAAAUUAGCUGAUCAAUAUGAUAGAUAUCCAUUGAUGCUUUGACUUGGGGUUACCUUGACUUUCUUAGAACUUGAGACAGGCUUGGAAGUAUCCUGAAAGUGUUUCCUGGUCCAUGUGACGAUGUGGCGUGUGGGUUUGUGGCAGCCAACCCCUCCUUGAGUCCUGGUCCAGCCUUAGUUCCAGAGUUCUGAAUAUUGUUGGACUUACCAGUGUUUUCUUCUUUGAGUAGACUAGGAUUCUGAAAUUAGCCAGAGAGCCACCACUUCAUGACCAUCUUUUUCAGUUCAGGCUCAGAUAUGGUAAAUGUUUAGUGUUUCUAGGAGUUAAGCCUCCUUAGGAAGAAAAGUAUACUACUAGAGAACAUGAAAAUCAUUACAAAAAACAAAUAAUAGUACUAAGCUUCUGAAAGCUCUGUAGGGACACUGUUUUUCCACAUAGAUAGCUGUUAUCCCAGAGUUUGAAUUUAGGAGUUCGAGAUGUAGUAUGAUCCUUAAUGGGGAUUUGAUCCUUUGUAUUGAAAUAGACUUGUUGCAGAGAUGUGUAUUUAUUCACAGCAUUGGGGCAUUCCAGCUCUCACAGAACCUUCAGCAUCCCCAGCAGCCAGUCUUGGCAUCUUCGAAGUAAGGAGAGUUUUAGAUGCUUCUGGAUGUUCAAUGCUAGCACCUUUACAGACUGGAGCAGCUCGAUUUUCUUCGUAUUUACUUUCAAGAGCAAGAAAAGUGCUGGGCUCCCACUUAUUUUCUCCCUGUGGUGUUCCGGAGUUCUGCUCCAUAUCCACCAGAAAGCUGGCGGCCCACGGCUUUGGCGCAUCCAUGGCGGCAAUGGUGUCCUUCCCUCCCCAGAGGUAUCACUACUUUUUAGUGCUGGACUUUGAGGCUACGUGCGACAAGCCACAGAUUCAUCCUCAGGAAAUCAUCGAAUUCCCUAUCCUGAAGCUAAAUGGCCGAACCAUGGAGAUUGAGUCUACCUUUCACAUGUAUGUCCAGCCCGUAGUCCAUCCACAGCUUACCCCCUUCUGUACAGAGCUCACCGGGAUUAUUCAAGGCAUGGUGGAUGGUCAGCCAAGCCUGCAGCAAGUGCUGGAGAGGGUCGAUGAGUGGAUGGCGAAGGAAGGCCUCUUAGACCCAAACGUCAAGUCAAUUUUUGUCACCUGUGGAGACUGGGACUUAAAAGUCAUGCUCCCAGGCCAGUGCCAGUACUUGGGCUUGCCAGUGGCGGAUUACUUCAAGCAGUGGAUUAAUCUGAAAAAGGCUUACAGCUUCGCCAUGGGCUGCUGGCCCAAGAAUGGACUUCUAGACAUGAACAAGGGCCUCAGCCUGCAGCACAUAGGUCGGCCCCACAGCGGCAUCGAUGACUGCAAGAACAUUGCCAACAUCAUGAAGACACUCGCAUAUCGAGGCUUCAUCUUCAAGCAGACAUCGAAGCCAUUCUGAUUGGCUGAGGACAGGAUGGGGCAGGACAGGGUAGCUGUUUGGCCCAGCCCAGAAUCCUCUCCCUCUCUAGAGGGGAAAAGGGAGAGUGGCACAGCUCUGCGUCCAGAGUGUCCCCCAGCUGCCCUGUGGGCUUGUGCCCUGGGCAAGUGCUUGGCCACUUGGCCCCUCUGGAGCAGACACUUUGUGCCCCCCAUCCCACCCCUCAGUAUCAGCCCAGUACCAGCCCCUCCCAUUGUGGGCCUCGGCUAGGGGGACCCAGGCACUCACCGCCUUCUCCCUGGUACACAGGCUUCUGCUGGGGCCACCAAGCCCCCGUGCCCCCUCCCAUCCAUAGUGCAUGGUGUGUGGUGCCCCCAGGGCUCCAGGACAGAUCAGGCCCCACCCUGUGUCUACCCCCAUCCCCGCUGUGAACGUGCCACUGAAUAAAGUCGGGGAAACGAGA